ACCGGAAAUAUUCUAAAACGUACCCGGAGAAUGACUCCACCACUAAGGGGAGUUUCCACACUUUCACCAUACGCGAAAUUUCAAUCUUUGACAUUUGUGACUGUUAUCAGCUCAGACGGUUUAAUAUGGACCCAAACACGUUUCUCUACAAUGUCCCUCCGUUCCUCAUUGAAAGAUUUUGUGAGAUUAUGGACACCGGAUGUAAUCGCUACGGAUGGCGCGAACUAGCCGCCCGUAUCCUCCCGAGCUUCACAGAGGUCCGCAAGUACGAGCGCGUGGAGCAAGGUGGUCGCAGUCCCACCAAGGAGCUUCUGUGGUCCUGGGCUCAGCGAAACGCGCAAGUGCAGGACUUGCUGAAAGUCCUGCAGGACAUGGGCCACUCUAGGGCCAUAAAACACUUUCAGGACCACUUUUAUGAAGUCAAAGAUGUUGCAUCCCAGCCGCCUCCACCUAGAUUACACAUCAAUCAAAUAAUAUGCGCAGAUGUGUUUUCUCCAGGGGAACCUCAGCCACAAAUCAGUUUGAGGAAAAUCUUAGAGGCAACUCGAGAUUUUAACCACGAAAUGAGAAUUUCGGAAGGCUGCUUCGCUGAUAUUUACUUGGCACAGAUGGGAGGCAGAACAUUCGCCGUGAAACUUUUCAAAAAGGUCAAUAACAUAUCCUGGAAGAAUCUGUGGGACAUUUUCCAAAAAGAUAUGGAACUCCAUCAGUUGCGGAGACAUCCAAACAUUCUCGAGUUGUCGGGCUGCUUUUCUGACGAAAGGCGCUACUGUCUGGUUUCCCCUUACAUGCCGAAAGGAUCGCUCUUCCACAGACUCCAUCGUCAGAACGGUGGAUUGCCUUUGUCUUGGCAAGAACGUUUCACCAUCAUAAAUAAAAUCGCCAAGGCUUUACAUUAUCUCCAUGAGUCCCAACCAUGCGCAGUCAUCUGUGGGAAUCUUUCCAGUUCUAAUAUACUCCUGGAUGACGACACGCAACCCAAGCUGUCCGAUUUCUGCCUGGCCCAACUUCGUCCUCAUUCGGUCAAACGUAAUCAUACCAUCACCCUGGAUGCAGGUUCCCACGGCAACCCGGAGUACCUCCCCGAGGAGUACCUCCGAAAUGGCAAACUCUCAACCAGUUUGGAUAUUUUCAGCUUCGGAAUGGUCGUCAUGGAAACGAUGACAGGACGUAAAGUCGUAGAGGAGCUGCCGAAACGUGCGCAGCUGCGGGAUUUGCUCACCGAAGUGGAGGACAGCGGCAGCGUAGACUCUUGUCUGCAGUUUUUGGAUACGUCAGCCGGUCAAUGGCCAACGUCUUUGGCGCGUAGUCUUCUGGAUCUUUCUUUGCGAUGUGUCUCGAGUCAACACCACUGCAGACCCAGCAUGGAGAACGUCUUGAGUCAGCUGCUGCCACCUCCCAGCUUCUCCUCUUUGGACUGCCCUCACAGCCUGGACGAUGGCGCCGCUAUUCACAUCCAGCACAGCCCGUCACCUAGCAUCCCCGUGGAACACGAUGAACAGCGCAGCCUCCCUGGUUCUCCGGCGCAGGCACAACCCUGCGAAUGCAGCCAAUCAGAGGUGACAUAUAUAAAUGUGACUGAGACUGUGGAAACCAAAGGAGAAGGAAACCCGUCGUACAAAAGCUGGCCGGUACAGUGCAGCUGCCAAGCUGAGACUGGAGGUCUUUCCUGUGAGGACUGCAGGGCUAAUGGUUUUAGCAACACUAGCCAGGAUUUGACUGAGUAAUUGGACAUUUAUUUUUUUAUGAUUUAUGUUGAGUCCUUAACCUUUCUGUCAUACACAUAUACACAUUUUAGAUUUAUUUAAGCUAUUUUUGUUGUAGUAUUUAAUUUUAUGUUCCUCGUAUCUUCAAAUAGGGGCCUUGGUUAUUCACUGAUACGUGAACAAAUAAAUGUCUCGCCCCUUUGAGUGCCUUCUGCUGAGCAAAUACCAGCCAAUGUUUGAGAUAAGCUGAUAUGGUGACCAGACCCCUUUUAUAAAAUUUCUUGGAAAUGUGUUAUAUUUUGGAUAUGCAAAAUGUACGUUUAUGACUGUAAUACUCAUUAACACUAUGUAUAAAACCAAAGCUGAUAUAGUAUGACUACAUUAUGUCAUGAUAUUGGAAUAUUUUAUAGUUUAAAAUUAUUGUGAUAAUAAAAAAUUAUAUUUGUCAGUUGUC